GAAUUAUACAAAAUGAAUCCAGGACAAAGUUUCGUUACAUCACCCGUAUCUGUACUCAUUCCUUACGGUCAACUAGCGCUAUACGCCGUUGGAGAAACUUUAGAUCAACUAUUAAAGUUUAUAAACCUCGACAAUAAGGAUCAGAUCAAGAAAGCUUUCCCCGCGUUGCUUAAGAAUUAUCGGUCUCAAACCUCAGUUCUUUUGACGGUGGCAGUUAAAUGCUACGGCAACAUAAAUUAUCCUUUUACGGACCAGUUUAAGAACGACGCUGUAACUUAUUUUGACUCAGAAGGAGAAAAUAUUGAUUUUAAAUAUGCGAAACAAGCUGCAGACACAAUAAACGGAUGGGUCGCAAACAAAACCAAUAACUUAAUUCAAAAUCUUGUCAGCGAAGAUUUGUUCAGCGAUGACACUAGAUUGGUUCUAGUUGACGCCAUUUAUUUGCAUGGAAUUUGGCAAAAUCAGUUCAAUCCUAAUAACACUCACGACAGAGACUUCUACAUCACACCAAACAAAACUAAGUCCAUAAAGACUAUGUAUCAAGAAAACUUCUUUAAUUAUGGAGAAAACGAGAUUCUUGAUGCACAGAUCUUAGAAUUGUUCUACAAAGGCGGCAAUUCUAGUUUAGUAAUCUUGUUACCAAAGAAAAAAGAUGGCCUACCCCAGAUGUCACAUAAAUUACGAAAUUCAGAUGAAUUUUUUAAUAGCAUUAAAUCACUUAGGCGAGAGAAAGUCAAAUGUUUCCUACCUAAGAUGGAUAUAAAAACGAACAUCGAUAUGGCAGACCUUUCCCAGAAGAUGAACGUAACCAAAAUGUUCGAUCCACAAUCAAAUGAUUUCGAAGGAAUUUUAUUAAAUUCGGACCCCGUAUAUGUUUCUGCUGCAAUACAGAAAGCUCAAAUCAUAGUUGAUGAAACUGGAACCGAGGCAGCGGUCGCAACUGCUGUUGUCGGUGCUAGAGCGACAUCCGCAAUUAUUCCGGAGAACGAAUAUUACUUCAUAGCUGACAGAAGCUAUGUUUUUUGUGUGUUACUCGAAAGGGAUCCAUUGUUUUGUGGUGUCUUUAAUGGAAAUUAAGGUCCAUCAUUGCAGCAUAUUUUUUCUUUGAGCUAAUAAAAUUUAUUAGAUGAAAUUUUUUAUUACUGAAUCAAUUUUGAAUAAAUUAUAAUAUUUUUAUGUGGUGUUAUAUAACAAUUAAAACUAUUUGUUUC